AUGACCGAACAUAUAGAAUGCUUUUACGAUAUUAACAACUUCAAAAUCUUCUCAAGAGAAUGGCAAACAAAACCCCCCAAAGCGAUGAUUGUUUUACUCCACGGGUAUUGUGGACAUUCCGGGAGAAUGGACAGACUCUCUGAAAAGUUAGUGGCUUCUGGAAUUUUACUGUGUGCGCCAGACCACCCGUAUCAUGGAAAGUCUAGCGGCGAACCCCGUGCGUACAUCCCAUCCAUUCAAGUAUAUAUUGAUGUUGAAAAUACAUACAUUGACAUCGUAAAAGAAAAAUAUAACAGUGACGGGAAGAUCCCGAUGUUUGUCAUGGGGCAUUCAAUGGGUGGGCUUAUUGCUUCAAUUCUUUCGCAUAAGAGAAACGACUUGUCUGGAGGAAUCGGGAGUGCACCAGCAUAUCAAAUCAACAACUUCCUUGUCCUGUGGUUCUAUUACUUUUUCGCUUUAAUUGUGUAUUUCUUCCCAUUCCUUAGUGUUCCGGGGAAGGUCACACGAGCUGAUUUCCCAACUGAAAGUGCGAUGAAGUCGUACUUAAGUGAUCCUCUCAUAACCGAAGGGAAACACUAUAUCAAAAGUGCGAUUGAAAUGGCUUGGGCUGGGGACAAUGAAAUGAAAACAAAGACAACUAUCCCGUUUUUGUUGUACGGAGGGAAUGCAGAUCGAUCAGUCACAAUGAAAGGAAUGAACACAAAGGCGACCAAUUUGAAUAAUGAAAAAAGUAAAGUGAUUGUAUACGAAGGGAAGUCACACUGUUUGUAUGAAGAAGAUAAUUUAGACGAACAGGUUGAUAACAUUAUGAAAUGGAUAAGUAAUUUGAGUUAUUAA